AUGGCCUCUAAAGAUUUUCAUUCUCUUGCAGAUACACACAACCAAAAAGGUAGAGGGCUACCUCAUUUUCUUCCUGGAGUUCCGGACCCAGGCCGAAGUUGUAUCAUCUCUUCUUCCCAUCCAGGGAACCAAGUCUGGCAGCCGGGACCCCACCCACCAAGCAGCUUCCUGACAACAGUCAGUGUCCCUCCUGGUCUAGAGUAUUUAAGCCAGUUAGACCUGAUAAUUAUACACCAGCAAGUGGAGCUUCUUGGAAUGAUUCUUGGCACUGAGACCUCCAACAAAUAUGAGAUUAAAAACAGCUUGGGACAAAGAAUCUACUUUGCAGUGGAGGAAAGCAUCUGCUUUAAUCGAACGUUCUGUUCCACACUGCGAUCCUGCACCCUGAAGAUCACAGAUAACUCAGGCCGAGAGGUGAUUACAGUAAACCGGCCCUUAAGGUGUAACAGCUGCUGGUGCCCUUGUUACCUACAAGAGUUAGAAAUACAAGCCCCUCCUGGUACUAUAGUUGCUUAUGUUGCACAGAAGUGGGACCCCUUUCAGCCUAAAUUCACAAUCCAAAAUGCAAACAAAGAAGAUAUUUUGAAAAUUGUUGGUCCCUGUGUAACAUGUGGCUGUUUUGGCGAUGUGGAUUUUAAGGUGAAAACCAUUAAUGAAAAGCUCACAGUUGGGAAGAUUUCAAAGUACUGGUCUGGAUUUGUAAAUAAUGUUUUCACAAAUGCUGACAACUUUGGAAUCCAUAUUCCUGCAGAUCUCGAUGUGACAAUUAAAGCAGCGAUGAUUGGUGCUUGUUUUCUUUUUGUAAGUAUGGUCUUAGUGAGUAUGAGUGACUUUUCUACUUCUCAUUUGUCAGUUGCUAUAGAGCCAGUCCCGGUAUGGAUCCGACUUUUGACCCACAAAGUACGUUUUUUUGCAUAGAAGGCUAGUUUAGGACUAAUCUGUUUCUGUUUCUAUUCUUCAGAAAUCAGAAUUUAGAAACCUACAUUUCUCUCCCAGGGAAGGUGACAGAAGGCUUUAAUGCCAUCACUCUGGGGGGCUGAAGCAGUAGGAUUGAACGUUUGAGACCAGGCUGGGCAAUUUAGUAAAUUAGCACAACCCUAUCUCAAGAAAAAAUAUAAAAGAGCUUAGGCUGAGUUCAAAAAGCCGGGUUGCAACCCAAGCACAGCAAAAAACAAAACCCAAAAAACCUCUACAUUUCUAAUAGGCAGCCCCUUUCAAGGACUGAGGCCCCAUGACAUCCUUCUCAUUAUUUUCUCAAAAACUGAGUUUUGCUUCCCUUUCAUUGUCAAUUUAGGUUUGGGGCAUAGUGACACUUUACCUAAAAAAUAUAUAAACAUUAAUAUUACAUGAUUCACCUUGAGUAAAGUUCAGGACUAUUUCAUUGCUUAAUAGUGAGCCAGGUUAUAUUCAGAAUAUGGAGAGUACAACUUUCUUGCCCUUCUACACUGAACACUGAUACAUUAGAUGUCACAGAUAAGUUAAUAGCUUCCAGUUGCCAUUGUUACAAAAACACAUCCCUUCCUUUCUUUCCAACUUAUAAUUUUGUUCAAAAUAUCUUUCGGUAUCUGGAGACUGGUGAAAAAAGUAAAAACAAAAAACAAAAAACUUGUGUAAAAAUACUUGGCUACGUCCUGUUCGUAAU